CACUCGUCAGCGAUGGUCAAGAUCGGUGUCCUCGCGCUGCAAGGCGCUUUCGAAGAGCACGUCGACAUGCUCAAGGCUGUCGGCGCCGACGCUGUCCAAGUCCGCCUCCCGUCGGAGCUUGAAGGCCUUGAUGCGCUCGUCUUUCCCGGCGGCGAAUCCACGGCCAUUGCCAAGGUCGCCGAGCGUUGGGGCAUGAUUGAGCCGCUCAAGCAAUGGGUCCACGACAAGAAGCCGAUCUGGGGCACGUGCGCCGGUAUGAUCUUGCUUGCGCAGUCGGCGCGCCAUGCCAAGCAGGGCGGUCAAGCUCUCAUCGGCGGCCUCGACGUCGAAGUCUCGCGCAACUUUUUCGGUGCGCAAAUCCGCAGCUUUGAGCAGCACAUCCGCGGCCCGCCCGGCUACGACGAGGCGACGCCGUACAACGCCGUCUUCAUCCGCGCACCGGCCAUCGUCUCUGUCGGCGAAGAAAUCGAAAUCCUGUCGCAGAUCAAAAACGCGUCGCCGGCCGACGGCUCGGACCCGACCGACGUCAUCGUGGCGGCCCGCAAGGACAACAUCCUCGUCACCGCGUUCCAUCCCGAGCUCACGAGUGACACGCGCUGGCACCGGUACUUUGUUGAAGUCAUCGUGCAACACAAGAAGUAAUCGCGCAGUGAGUGUAAAAGUUAUCAAGAACGUUCUAGUACUAGUUAGUCCCCCA